AAUUGUUUUAAUUAUUAAUUAUUAAUUAUUAAAGGUUUGUCGAAUCAAUGAAUGUGUUGUGCGAUCUGAGUUAUACAUUUAACAUUGUUUUCGGAAUGAUUACUAUUGGUACUGACUUAAUAAUGAUGUUGCAGUUUGAUUUGGAUAAGACAAAUUUGUAUAAAUUUUUCACAACCUUUUGUCACAUGCUCUGCAUGACAUUAAUCGGAAUUCUACAAUCUCACAUUGGACAAAGAUUAACGAAUCACAGUGCUGAUCUCUUUCAGGAAAUAAUCACAAAACCAUGGUAUUUGCUAACACCGAGACUACAAAAGUUAUACUUAUUGAUCAUGAUGAGAAGUAUGAAGAAAUGUUCAUUCACAGUCUGCAAACUUUUAACAGUGUCCUACGAAUUAUUUAACAAAGGAUUUCAAAUGGCGAUGUCUUAUGCAAUGAUAAUUCAUUCCUUACAAAAGUAAUUAUCAUUAAUAGUUCACGAUUACGACGAAGACAAAAAGAUAAUGCGAAAAUGUUAUUUGUCGAAAAUAAAUUA